CCUUGAGAUGUUGAGAUGCGGCUCUUGGGGUUCUGCCACCCCGCCCCUCCCACCCUCCCUCCCACCCACCGCGCAGUGUACCACUGGAUCGAGAUGAAGACCAAGAUGCGACUCAUGGGGUUCCGGGGGGCCCAGGUGAAGCCGCUGGACCAGGAGGCGGCGGCAGAGCUGGGGGCUGAGCUCCUGGGUGAGGCGGUGAUCUUCGUCAUCGGGGGCGUGUGCAUGGUGGCGGAGUACGCGAGGCAGAACGCCAACUCUCGGCGCAAGGAGGCCGAGCUGACGGCUCAGCUGGACGCGCUGCAGUUCCAAAUCGACGCGCUCCGAGAUCAAGUCUCGCCUCCACCGUCGCCACCACCACCUCACGGCGGCCACACCGCCUCCUCCUCCUCCGCGUCAGCCACCGCCACCAUCGCGUCAGCCACCGCCACAACCGCCGGACCAACGAGGACCGCCCCCGACGGUCGCAGGCACACGCACAGCGAGACACCCUGCCUCAAAUGAACUUGGGUGGAGGAAUGGAACCCCCGUCCCCCGCCUACCCCCGCCCACCCUGCGUGGUGGAGGGAGGCUCCGUUGAUCCCCUCUGGAGUGCUGCGGACGCCGCUGCCUCCUCUUGCUCCUCGUUAAACGUCGUCGCUGUGACGAUGACUGGCUGAGACCGGCGAUCGAUUUUUGUUUUUUGCGAGAAAUGUGACGACGUUGCGGGUGCGUGCGGCGUGGUCGGCGGGAGCCGGUUGUGAGAAACCUGCCGACCGGAGAAAGCCGCCAAGGAUGUCUUGGGGGAGCUGUAGCCCAGGCCUCGAUGGCGGCGGGGACAGGUUGAAUGUAGCGCUUGUGGUGGUUGUCUGCUGCGCCUGUCCCACUACCACCGUCUCUCUGGAUAGCUUCAGGGACCGUUCGGUCGGGGGGGGGGGGACCCCUUAUCAGGGUCCGAGCAACCAAGCACUUAAUACUAAAGAAAACAUUCAGAUUCGAGCUGGCCGUCACAACUGAUCGCUCAACAAAGUGGUUCAUCUUCAUCAUCGUAUGGAAAUUUAUAGCAGCAGCCAAAUACCGUAAACACCGUCACGUUGUGAUUCCAAAUGUGGAGGGAAAAACCGGAGGACCAGGAGAAAAAUCCACGCGACCACGGGGAGAGAGAGAUGCAUGCAAACUCCAAAUAAACCCGAGACCGGUUUCGAUUUUCAGUAUCUCAUCAGUGUGGCUUUCCUAAACCAAUUCUGGUUGAACUUGCCCAUUUCCUCCCGCGCCUACCCCCUGUCGGACGCAGGCCCCACCAGACCCAGGCCCCAAGAGACGCAGGCCCCAACAGACGCAGGCCUCACCAGACGCAGGCCCCAUGAGACGCAGGCCCCAACAGACGCAGGCCUCACCAGACCCAGGCCCCAAGAGACGCAGGCCCCAACAGACGCAGGCCUCACCAGACGCAGGCCCCAUGAGACGCAGGCCCCAACAGACGCAGGCCUCACCAGACGCAGGCCCCAUGAGACGCAG